AGGUCCUAAAUUAGAAUAGCAUGAACUAGUAAUUUUCCACCAUUGACGACACAAAAAUCGUGGCCUUUCUGUUUACAGCUGUCUCUGACCCCGGUCUUGGCUCUGCACCUAUCCAGGGGCAUUGCCUUCCUCCUCCCGGCCCACACCCAGUCGCAGAGGGGCCUUGCCCCCUGACAGGGGCCCCCUUGAGGCUGCCUACCCCCCUGAAUCCCAGCCCCUGCUUCUGGUGCCCUUGUCGGUGAGGAGGGCCAGUGUUGUUUAACCUUACUGUGGUGGAUACACAACCGAAUCCUUACUCUCAAGGCUCUGUUUUCCAGCCGCGGACCUGGGUCAGGUCGCAGGAGAAAAGGAGAGACUUUGGGCUGAUGAGGCAGAUGAGGCUGGAGAGAGAGGCUUGGGGGUGGGGGUGUUGUGGCCAGGGGCAGGGACAGGACCCAGCCUGGGAGGGACAGGAUCAGGGAGACCCACCUGUCCUAAGAGUCCGUGGGAAGCCAGGCAGGGGCGCGGAGGGCCAUUGGAGACCCAGCUGGGGGCCUGCACACUCUUGGGAGGGCCCCCGUGCCUCCAGAUGGCCAGAGAACUCCUAGGUGACAGCAGGCCGGCCGCCUCGCAGCCUCGGACCCUGUGCCCACCGUCUCAGAGGAGCGGAUCUUCACGGGGCCUGAGUCUCGUCCCCAGGCCCCCGACCUCCUUGGCCAGGGCGGGGUCACAGCAAGGCACGAUAAACCUACCGACUCUUGUUUGUUUUGGCAACAGGAAUCUCCUACCAGCGGCUGGUGAGAGCCGAGCAGGGCCUGUCCAUCAGGAGUCACCGCAGUUCUACCGUCACCGUCUCUGUGUCCCCAGCACCGUGCUGUUGUUGAACCCGGUGGAGGUUCAGGCCGAGUUCCUCGCCGUGGCCAAUAGGCUGAGUGCACCCGGCCACUCGCCCCACAGCGCCUACACCACGCUGCUCCUUCACGCCUUCCAGGCCACCUUCGGGGCCCACUGCGACCUCCCAGGCCUGCACUGCAGGCUGCAGUCCAAGAGCCUGGCCGAGCUGGAAGACAUCUUCACGGAGACCGCGGAGGCACAGGAGCUGGCAUCCAGCAUCGGGGACGCGGCCGAGGCCCGGCAGUGGCUCAGGACCAAGCUGCAGGCGGUGGGAGAGAAAGCCGGCUUCCCUGGUGUCUUAGACACGGCCAAACCUGGCAAACUCUGCACCAUCCCCAUCCCGGUGGCCAGGUGCCACACCUACAACUGGAACCAGGACAGCUUCGACGUCCUGCAGGAAAUCCUGCUCCAAGAACAGGAGCUGCUCCAGCCAGGGAUCCUGGGGGACGAGGAGGAGGAGGAGGAGGAGGAGGAGGAGGAGGAGGAGGACGACGACGACGACGACGACGACGACGACGACUUGGAAACGGAAGGGCGUUGCGCCCAGAGGGACUCCCUGCUCUCCACCAGCUCCGCGGUCUUCCACGACUCCACCCUGUCCCUUGCCUCGCCCCAGGCCUCAGGGCCCACCCUGUCCCGCCAGCUGCUGACCUCCUUCGUGUCAGGCCUCUCGGACGGCGUGGACAGCGGCUACGUGGAGGACAGCGAGGACAGCUCCUCCUCGGAGUGGCCCAAGAGGCCUGGCGGCCAGGGGCGCCGGCUCCACCGCCGGCCGGGGCAGAAGUUCAACAGGAUCUAUAAACUGUUCAAGAGCACGAGCCAGCUGGUGCUGCGGCGGGACUCCCGGGGCGCGGAGGGCGGCGCGGACGCAGCCCUGCCCCUGCGGCGGGCGGGGAGCCUCUGCGGCCCCCUGGACGGCGCGGCCCCGCCGCCGGCCUCCCGGCCCCAGCGCUCCCGCUCUCUGCCGCAGCCCAAGCUCAGCGCCCAGCUGCCCAGCUGGCUCCUGGCCCCCGCCUCCCGCCACCAGCGCCGGCGCCCCUUCCUGAGCGGGGAUGAGGACCCCAAGGCGUCCACGCUCCGCGUCGUGGUCUUCGGCUCCGAUCGGAUUUCGGGGAAGGUGGCUCGGGCCUACAGCAAUCUGCGGCGGCUGGAGAACAACCGCCCCCUCCUCACGCGGUUGUUCAAACUCCAGUUCUUCUACGUGCCCGUCAAGCGGGGCUCCGGCGCCUGCCCCAGCCCUGCGAGCCAGACGCCCCCACUCCCCGCGGACUCCCCCAGGCAACCCAGCCCUGCAGAGCUGGAGAGCACCAAUGAUAUCUCCCACUACCUCGGCAUGCUCGACCCCUGGUACGAGCGCAACGUGCUGGGUCUCAUGCACCUGCCGCCGGAGGUCCUGUGCCAGCAGUCUCUGAAGGCUGAAUCCCGGCCCCUGGACGGCUCCUCUGCCCAGCUGCCCAUCCUGGCGGACAUGCUGCUCUACUACUGCCGUUUCGCCGCCCGGCCCGUGUUGCUGCAGGUCUAUCAGACGGAGCUGACCUUCGUCACCGGGGAGAAGAUGACAGAGAUCUUCCUCCACUCCCUGGAGCUGGGUCACUCUGCCGCCACACGUGCCAUCAAGGCUUCCGGUCCUGGCAGCAAGCGCCUGGGCAUCGAUGGUGACCGGGAAGCCAUCCCUCUAACACUACAGAUUAUUUACAGCAAGGGGGCCAUCAGUGGCCGAAGCCGCUGGAGCAGCAUGGAGAAGGUGUGCACGUCCGUGAACCUCAGCAAGGCCUGCCGGAAGCCGGAGGAGCUAGACUCCAGCAUGGAGGCCCUGACGCUAAACCUGACCGAAGUGGUGAAGAGGCAGAACCCCAAGUCCAAGAAGGGCUUCAACCAGAUCAGCACGUCACAGAUCAAAGUGGACAAGAUACAGAUCAUCGGCUCCAACGGCUGCUCCUUCGCGGUGUGUCUGGACCAGGAUGAGAGGAAGAUCGUGCAGAGUGUGGUCCGGUGUGAGGUCUCGCCCUGCUACAAGCCGGAGAAGAGCGGCCUCCGCCCCCAACCCCAGAGGACCCCCGACCAGCCGGCCCAGGCCGUGCCCGACCUCUGCUCCCUCCUCUGCCUGCCAAUCAUGACGUUCAGCGGAGCUCUGCCUUAGUGGGGCUCUCACCAGCGGGCGGGGAAGCCUCCUCGGAGCCCCUCCCCACGCAAGGGGGGCGGCCGUGAGGGUCUCGCUCCCUGUGGGGAACUGAACGGCCCUCUGUCGCACUGGGUCCUGCCGUGGGUCCCUGCGGCUGGCAGGGGCUUGGCGGUUUCUGGGUCCUCAGGGCUCCGUUUAGGAAGGACACAGGGAUGAGGGAGGGUGCGGCUGGCCACGCAGCCCCUCAGAUCCCUCACGUAGACAGGAGAGGGAUGGAGGAGGGGCUGACCUCCAAAGGCACCGGCCACUAGUGUGGUCUGGGAUCCUUUCUGGAAAGAUCUGAGCCUCUGGUGCUCUGGGGUGUGGCUUAGGCCUCCUCUCCCAACGUUGGCCAGGCCCCCCCUCACUUUGUCAAA